AUGGCGGCACAACACUCUCAGGGUAUCCAGACCCUCUUGGAGGCGGAGAAGGAGGCGGCUAAGGUCGUACAGCAGGCCCGCCAAUACCGUGUACAGCGCCUGAAGGAUGCACGGACGGAGGCGCAGAAGGAGAUUGACGAAUAUCGCAAGUCCAAGGAGGACGAGUUCAACGCGUUCCAGUCCUCGCACAAGGGUACGAACGAGUCCGCGCAAGUGGAGAUCGACAAGCAGACCGCGGUGCAAUUGCAAGCGAUCACGGACCGCUACAACGCACACAGGGACGAGGUCGUCAAGAAGUUGCUCGACCGUGUUGUCCUCGUAGAGCCCCAGCUUCACCGCAACCUUAGGAAAGAAGAGUGA